UUGUCAAGAUUUAAUUGAGACUGAUUAAUAUAACUUCAGUUAUUUACUUGUGUUGUCUUAGAGUAAGAAAAAUAUACAGCAUUUUUAAAUGAUACUAUCAAUAUAUCAACUAUCAAGUGACUGAAACCCUUAUUAAACUCUCUUAAAAAGGCCUCAUUAAUUUAAAAGAAAUUGAUUUGGAAUUUUUCAAUUUAUUUUAUUUAUUUACAUUUUCUUUACAUACAUUAAGAAGCUAUGAGUGUUGUUGAGGGUAUAACUGAUCAAGCAGAAGAAGCCAUCACUGAAGCUGCUGUGGCAGACAAUGUGCCUGAUGAAGAGGUCCAAGAGGAUAAUGUUGAAGGGAACAUCCAAGAAGAAGAUUUACAUGUCCAAGAAACAGAUGAGGAGGAGGAAGAAAGUGCAUUUGAUGUGCUAGCUAAAUUUAGUAAGGAGUUCCUAGAUGUACUUGGUCAUGCAAAUGAGCCAUUGUCUGAAGAUGAGAGGAAGUGCAAGCCCCUAGCUACCACCCCCAGACAUUAUUCUGAUGUACUGCGCCUCCUCCAGGACCUGAUACAGUAUGACCAAUCUGAGCCUGACAUCACUUACAGUAUUGAAUUACCUGAUACCAUCAGCCGCAUCAGUAUUACAAGCCACAUCUUAUCAGCUGCACUCACCACUCUUCAUCCUCAACAACUGCGUCGCCUUGCAACACGUCUCCUCUCGGACACUUCUCUUUGGGUCACUCGUCUCUUCAGAAAAUUUGAAAGUGCCACAUGCAUCACUGAAGACCAACGUGAGGGUGUUGUGCGAGUUGGCCGCAUGUUGCUUCACAGCAAAUAUCCUCGCUAUGCAACAGACGGGCACCUCACCCUAUAUGCUCGACCUCCCUUAAUCUAUGUGGCUGCAACAGCUCAUUCCAGUCUGCCCAUGCAUCUUGCCACUGCUUUGGGCCUGGGAGGUGGGAGUGUGCGGGUAGUGCCAUGCAAUACUGUGGUUGGCUCUCCUGUAGCUAUGGAUACUGCUGCCCUGGACCGCAUGCUUGCUGCGGACCUUGCUGCUCAGAAGAAACCAUUAAUGGUUAUCGCCAAUGUUGGUGGUGGCGUGCUAGGCGGUGUUGACAAUGUCACCAGGAUCCAGGAGGUGUGUCAGAGUCACGAUGUUUGGCUGCACGUGGAAGGCCACAAUCUCGCUGCUCUCACUCUUCCCAACUCACCAAAUCUGCCUGCAAGUGUAGGAGACAGCAUGAUGCUGCCCCUGGGUACGUGGCUGGGGGUGCCGGGUCUGCCAUUUGUGACGGUGUACCGCGUGCUGGAGGAUCGUUGUGUCCACGCAGCAGGCCUCACUGCACUUAACAUGCAUGUCAGAGUGGACACGCUGCAGCUCUGGAUUACUCUCAUGAGCCUGGGCAGCAGCGGUGUUUCAGGACGCAUUCGGCUAGCGUUUGAGCUGGGCCAGCAACUGCAGCACUACCUCGCUGACGUGCCACGGGUGCGACUGCUGAGCCCUCGUCCCGCUGACAGCGCCCCUCAUGUCACCAUCGCUGACCUCAUCAGCCGUCCCUCCAGCACUGCACAAUUGCUGGAGACUGUGUGCGGAACUGUAGUCUUCCAGUACGUGCCUGAUGGUCUCGAGGACGGCAAGAAUUCCGAGUAUUACGACAACCUCAACUCUUGGCUGUGUCAAGUGGUCCGCCGGGAGGUGGGCGGCUACAUCCCCCUGGAGCUGGUCUCCAUUGAAGGCGCUGGCUACGUCCUCCGCUGGUCGCCGCUAGAAGGGCCCUUCACUCACCACCUCUCGCCGCCUGCCCUCGAGGAGCUCAUUCAGUGCCUCGACCAGCAGAUUGAUAUCCUGAAUGCGACGGUAAAGCAACGCGAGGUCUUCAAUGAGCUUGUGGGGCAGUCUGAAAACCUGCAGCUUGCGGAGAUCCCGCAAUGGGCGGGCCUUGGGGGGGUGCGCUACAUUCCUGACGUGUGGCUCGCUCAGGGCGCGCUGCCAGACUCUGCUAAGGAAGACGUCAACUUCCUCAACUCGCACCUCGUCGAGCAGCUCAAGACCACUGACUCGGCUUUCUCGCUCGGCGAAGGGAGCGACGGUAUGAACUGCGUGCGCUUUGGCAUGGUCACUGAGGAGACGGAUCUUCAAGAGCUUCUCGCCCUCGUGUACAAUACGGGCAAAGAGAUUGAGUCCUCAUCCAAAUUUAUUGAGCAAAUGACCCAGGUUGUCAAAAAAGGCAUUGAGGCAGCUACGGAAGACCUCCGCCGUGAGAACGAGGAGAAGAUUUGGCAGGAAGGGCUGCUGCGCCACGUGCCCCUCGUGGGCUCCGUUUACAACUGGCUGUCCCCGCCCCCCCAGCAGGGAGUGCGGGGCCGCACCCUCGACCUCAAUGCGGGCGUGCUCGAGAGCACUGAGAACAUCUACAAGUACCACAUGCAGAUCCGUCACGGUGAGGCCGCUGCAGCGCACGGUGAUGCCAAACUCCCGCCUGCGCCGUCCGUACAGACGACCGUCUCGCCUGCACCCUCCUCGCCCUCGCACUCGCGCACCUCGUCUGCGUCAUCGCGCCCCGCUCCUCCUGCGCCAGCCAGCAUCGUCACCUCCGCUGCCAAGACUGAGCCCGUCGCUGGAUAAAUUUCGUCUACAGUCUGAUGAAUUUGAUUCAAAGUUUGCUUAAUUUGAUCAAUGGUCUGCUGAAUUUUAUCCAUUGCUGGGUAAGACACCUUCGAGGAUGUAAGGAUAUAUCCUGAGUCUAGUGCAACUUCCAUAUUUAAGCUGGACUGGCACGAGACUGCAGCUUCUGAAGUUUAUCUUCAUCUUGAUUCCUGUUGCUUUUAAGCUCAUCAUUCGAAAUACAAUGUGUUAAUAAUAUUUACGGUUUGUGUUAUGAAGGCAUUAUUGUUAUUGUUUGUGUUUUAUUUUUGUGUACCACUCUUAGUCUUUCUUGUAGCAGCUUUAAUCUGUGUAAUGCCUCGGUUGUGGGUUUUCCAGUAACUCCGUCGUAUCAUCUCGCAUGCCGCCAUUUCCUUCACUACUUUUCUUAUUGCUAUAACUCGACGCUUUUUGCCUACAUUCGAAGCCUUAUCACAUCGCACAUAGAUUGUAGGUCUGUUUCUCCUAAAUAAUACCUCUACUGCUGCCACAAAAACUACUUUAUCCACCAACUAGUCUUUUCACGUCGCCUAAGCAUUCGUACGUUCACCUAGUCUUUUCCUUCAGGUUACCGAGAUCCUUCUAUUGGUCAUUUAUUCCUGCCUUCAAGCUAAUUCGUGCCCCGCUUCUUUAUGCAUACUUUUCCCGCAACUUUCAGCGAACUUUGAUGGAUUAAUCAACUCUUCAUUUUGGUGUCUGUGGUGGGAAUUAUGUUGUCCGAAGUUCAGUUUUGAAAAAAAACUUGAUUAUUCUUGUAUAGAUUGUGAGGGUCUUGUUACUUUACUGCUCACUUCACGUAUUACGGACCGGUAUUAUAAAGAAGCUACUCUUGGCUCAACUUCCCUCCGAUUAUAAACGCGGGGAAGUCAUUACUUGUUGCGCUGCCUUGUGUAAAUAGUGCGGGUAAUCCCUGCAGCGUGCACCGCACGACAUCUUGUCAAGUUUUCACCAAGUGCAUUCACUUCACCUUAAACGCUUGUUUUUUUUUUUUUAAUUAUAUAAGUAUGCUAACUUAUAUCAAGUAUAUCUGCUACCAUGUAUGCUAUUGUUGUGAUGAAUUUGUUGGUGUUUAAUUUCUUUUGAUAAUAUGCUAUAAAUUAUUAUUUUCGAUAUCGAGGAGACUAAAAUCGGUGGAAAGGAGUUAUCUAAAAAUACUUUUUUUAUCAUUUCGUGUUAUAUUAAUAUUUCAGCGAUAAUUUUUAUUUAUUGGCCGUCACUGAAAUUCCGCUUAUGUACUUCCACUUCUGUUGAAUCUUGUCAUAAGAAAUUUAGCUUCAUCUUGCUUCAAUUGUCUUCAGAUCUUCGUUUUUCCAUCUGAGUAAUUUAUUUAUGGAGGAAAAAUGUGCGUUGGCUUGAACCCAAAGCAAACCCUGGGCAUUUGAUGCAACUAUUAACAUUCCUUUGUCUUGUGUGGCUGUGGUGUUUCGUGUUACAUUUCUGCCUUGUUUUUGUCGGUUUGUUGUUAAAAUAAUUUUGUGUAUUUAUGUUCUCUAUUGCUUACCUUUUCACUUGAAAGGGCGAUGUAGAAAAUCUUGCAUCACCGUCUCUGUAGAAGGGCACAAUAUGAUAAAAAUGUUCGGUUUUUAGAGCUCACUUGAUACCGAUCUAUUCCUUAAAAAAUGUAAGUAAGACCCUAAUCAUUUAUUACACCCAAAUUUGAAUUAAUUUCUUUUCCAUGAAUAGUGCUAGUGCGCUGGCUCGUGAAAUUAUUUACCAAACACAAGACUCUAUUGCAUGUGCAAGGAGUGAGUACAAUACUCAUGACGCUCUGGUUCCUUGAAGUUUACAGCACAAUGUAUAGCAUAAUUGUUCCUUGGUGAUAUGGACAGUGAAAUGGUGUCGCACACACAGUUCAAUUAUAUGUAGAAGGCCGUCAGAGAAUAAAUCGUUCGAGUCAACACUAUCCAGUUUGCUUGUAUGUGUGGCAUCACUCCAUUGAAUUCCUCAACUGUGGCAACUCAGAUACUUCUUUUCGGUGCUGAAGGAAUAAAGGCCGAUUUGGCGUAAUCUGGAGCUUUUUUCAUCUUCAAUGUAGCUUCAAUACGUAAUUUUAUUUCUUCAUUUCUAGUAUUUCUUCUUACGUAUAUGAUACUUUUAAGAGAAGAAUUUACGUAAUUAUUUUCCUAGCAUUUCUCUGAAUUUCACCUCCCGAGUAAUUUUUUUAGUACCCGGUGUUGCUUAAUUGAAUUUCCAUCCUCUCAUUCGGGUGUGAGUAAUGAGACUUUGUUUUCUAUUUUUAAUAUCACCAUUGCCCUGCUUUGUUAGCAAUAAUAUAUCUAUUAUGAAACCAUUCUGUAAUUUCUCUUAUUAUCUGAUUGAAAUGAUGCUUAUACUAUUUACUUGCUGAGUGCAAACUUUUCAUUUUUUCAAGGUUUCAUUUUUUGCGUGUUAUCACCUUCAUCUCCAUUAAAUUUCUAAACAGAACAUUUCGAUUCUGAUUUCACUUUUCACACGUUCGGUAUUUUUAUAUUUAUUGCAAAACGAUGUUUAUCUUCAUCAUUUAAUUUGUUAAACGUUUGUAACCUAAUUUCCAUGCCACGCUCCCAAAGUAGGCUGUUGUAGAAUUUGCCCCGACCAGUGCGUGCUGUAGUGCUGUUGCUGCUGACAGGUUAAGGAUAAUUCUAGCGGAGAGCGUCAAAACCCUAGUGCCUCGGAAGAAAACUUUGAUUUUGUGUUGCUUAGCGUUUUCAUUAACCAUAAUAUUUUGUUUCCGUACAAAAGUUAAUUAGCUGAUUUUCCGAGAUAAAUAUAAACUUAAUCGUAUCAAAUCCAUCAUGUGCUCUAGAUAUUCAAGGCAUUAUUUCCCGCACAAAAUGUUCGCUUGCGCAGUGUGCGACAUAACAGGACCUUCACCUGGGGAUGGCCCCCACCCCCAGUCAUCUACGCAAUGAUUGCAAUUUUCUUCACGAAUUUUCUGCGUGAGAGUUCAGGUGUUGUGAUUCUGUAUAAUGUCAAAUAGUUAUAAUCUUCGCACAAUUUAUGUAUCUGAAUUUUUUUGGCAUUUAUUAAGUUGAAGAGAAUAAAAACCACAUCAUUAAAAUUUAAACCCUGCAUUAUUAUGUUGCUGAUGAAAUUCAUUGCGUUAUUC